CCUCUCAUCAUUUAGAGAAACCAAAGGAGGAGACCGUAUUUUACCACGAUUCCAGAUGCAACAAGGCGAGGCUUUAUGUGGAUUAGGAAGUAAACCAGUAUAUUUUUAUUUUACAGUUGAUCCUCUAAAGUCAUAGGAGAUAAAACUUCACCGGGAAUCAGACAAUGUAAGGAUUUUCUUCCACCGCUUUUUUAACCGACUGCAGACAGGCACCAAAGCUGACCUCGGUGCGCACCAGAGGGGGGAGCAGAGCUGACGGCCAGAACCUGUAACUUUGUUGAAAUGAUGCUCAACUUUUCCCACCGUUCAUUGUUCCCAGCUGUGGUAGUGGCUGUUCUCACAGCUGUUAAAGUUGCUGAAAGUCAGGUGGUUGCUGAGGACAUUUGGAUGUCCUCCACCUCAUCUCCAGGUUAUCCCACCGUCAACUUUAAGGUGCUCAAUGUGAACCACGUGUUUCUGAGGCAGAACACUCCAGAGCUAUCAGGGAACUCCAGCAUGAAGGCUCAGACUCAAACUUUUGUCAUCACUGGUCCAGGUGCUGGGCUUCUCCAGCCAUCUAUCAACGCUUCAUAUGGCCCCCUGACUGUAGAUGCCCCAAUACCUCCAGACCAGCUCCUCAGUGGGCGCAAGAUUCUGCCAGUCAUUUUGGUCCGCCAGAUUCGUUCCUCAUCCCCUGUUGUCAAGAUUCUCUUCCACAUGCCCACAGAAAGUGGCAUUACUGUUGGGCAAGAGAGGAUGGGGUUGGGAGAAGAUAAUGGGAGCGCUGGAGCCAACGCAAAGGAUGGAGCUCACUGUGUGACGGCUUAUGCAUUCUGGGAGACAAGGGAAGUUCGUGGGGCAUGCCUGGUGUCUCCAGGUGGAUUCUGUGUGGCACAUCUGAAGCCAGAACCCACCUGGUUCAGCUCAGCUAGCCGAUCAGACAGCUCUAGCAGGGAAGCAGGAAGAAACGAGGGAAUUAAGGGGCUUCAGGGGAACCUUGUGGAGGUCUACUUCCAGAGUCGGAAGGAUCAGACGGGCCGGUGUACCCCGCAGGAUAGCCUGCAACGUGUAGGAGUGGGAAGAGGAAGAGACUCUGGGGGAUCAGGGACACCGAUGAAGCGGAUAGGAAGUGUCAGUCUGCUCAGAACUCCACCAGGGAACCCGAUCUAUUUUCGACUGAGGCUAGGAGGCGCUGUGGUGAUCCAGACUUCUUCUAAGCCUCUGAAGACCACAGACAUCGCAACUUUCUAUGUCUUCCUGGCAAGCACAUCUACCCUGGAAAAUUUCACUCUCAGGGCAACAGCAAAAACGGGCCUGUCAUUUAGUGCAGCGCGACCCAGUGACUCUGCGCUGUGGGACAUCGUAGUGGAGCCUGGCAGAGGAGCAACUCCCAACACUGUCUCUGUUGUCUGUCAGAGGAAGGUUGCAAUCACCGCAAAGAGGGGUCUUCUGGAAGUUUUACAACUGGACUUUGUUCCAAAAGAUGUUUCGGAGCAGGCUGAGAGUCAGAUGAUCUCCUGGCGUCUGGAGUUGAUGGGGAACAUCAAGGAUGUGGGCAUAAUGCGGAUAUAUACAACUCAGCGAGACUAUGUAGGGUUGGCACCUCUGGUCAUGAACACUGAUAUUUUGAAUACUGCGGUGCUGACGGGCAAAAUGGUGUCUGUCCCUGUAAAGACUCUGGCUGUGGAGGCUGAUGGCUCAGUCACUGAUGUGACCAACUACACCAGCUGUAGGUCUACAGAUGAGGAUGUACUGAAGGUGUCAGAGCGAUGUGAAUAUGUGUUUGUCAAUGGGAAGGAGACUAGAGGAAAGAGCAGGGUGAUGCUCAACUUCACUUAUGGUUUCCUGAGUGCUCAGCUGGAGAUGAGUGUAUGGAUGCCCCGUCUGCCUUUGCUAAUAAAUGUGGCUGACCCCGAGCUCAGCCAGAUUAAAGGCUGGAGGGUCCCUGUUACUACUGGCAACAGGAGGUCAACAUGGGACAGUGAGGAAGAGGAGGAUAUGAGGAAGGGCAGGGGUUGCAUGCUGCAGUACCAGCAUUCUACACUCAGGGUGCUAACACACUUCAUAGCCCAGGCUGACGCUGAGGUGCUGCCUGAUCCGCUAACGGGGGCAGAGCCUGUAGAGUACUUUCUGGGUCCUGACUGGCAGGUGGAUGUGACCAAUCUUGUACGCUAUUCUCUAAAGGUGAUAGAUCUUGAUGUAGCCAGGGUGCAGGAUGGGGUGGUGCUGCAGGGACGUGCUGUGGGCACCACUACUGUGCAGGUGCUGUCUCCUCUGACGUCAUCGGUCCUGGCUGAGAGGAGCAUCAGGGUGGUGGAUGACAAAGUGAGUGUGACUGAGCUGGGGGUGCAGUUGGUUUCUGGACUCUCUCUGUCCCUACAGCUCAGCCCAGGGAGCAACAGGGCCAUUGUCGCCACGGCAACCACUCGGGAGACGAUCACGCAGCUCAAACAGGAAGCAGUGGUCAGCUGCUGGGUUCAGUUCAGCGAUGGCGCAGUCGCUCCACUAGAGCUGUUUGACCGCAGUAUCUACUCUUUGACAGUCUCUACCCCAGAUGAGGGGGUGGCCACAGUGCGUCGCACCCCGCAGUACACAUUUGUAGUAGCACAGGGUGAAGGUGAAGGCCAGGGGGCGCUAGUUAGAGUGGAGCUGAGGAUCUGUGAGGAAUGCCAGAAGUCCAAGAGGAAGAGCAAGUUGGCAGUGGGCACGGGGCUUCUCAAGAUCAACUUCCAGAGUAGCAGCAGAUUCGUAGCAGGAGAAGGAGGUGUUGGUGAUGCGGUUGGCACUGAUGGAAAUAUAGAUUUUGAUGGUGGUGCAUCAGAAGUGCUGGGUGAGCUUAAAACAACAGUGACUUCACAGAAUGCCGGGACAGAUAUGGAUAAAUGGUUGUUCAGAAGCACCACCAAGUCCACCAAGGCACUAGCUACCAUCUCAGCCACAUUUCCAACAAAAUAUAUGCAGCCACAUGUUGUGUGGAUUGGAAGUACAACCACAGCUACAAGACGUAACACGUAUACUGACAUUCCCACGACUACCACUACAACUAUGAGCAAACAAAGCUUAAAUACACCACUGAGCACUACCAGACCUGUAGACGCAGCAGUCGGUUUAGUUAGCGAAGGAGAAGGGCAGAAGAGAAGCUAUGGAAACAUGCUUGACAACCCCAAUUCAGCCGUCAAAAAUGACAUUCCUAAAGCAGAAGUGACACCCAAGAAGGAGCUUCCUAAAUCUAAAACUCCAAAAGUAAUUGAGAGUGACCUCAUUAGGACAUUCAGAGCCAUGUCGGACUUGGAAAUUGGCAUGUAUGCCUUGGUGGGGGUCUCCUGUGUAGCUCUCUUGGCUUUUUUGCUCAACUGUGCUUCGUAUAACCUCUGUUUCCGGAAUCACAAGACCCCCAUACAGGCAGGCCUGGCUCCCAAUGGGGACCCGAAGGAUCACAAGCACGACUGGGUGUGGCUGGGGAGCAACAAUCAUAGCACUCCCGCACCAGGUGCUCCAGCUCAAGUGUCCACUCUAAAACGUGAGGCUCAUUGCCCUCUGGAGUCCCAUCAUUCCAUAGACUCCAUUGGCCACCCCACCCUGGAGAGCACCCUGCCCACUGUGAGCACCUCUGCUGUCCCUGAAAGGACUGCCACCCUGGGCCGCAGCAGAAACAGCUCCCAGCAGCAGCAGUUUCAGGGAAAGGCAAUCGACCCCAUGGCGAACCGUUCAGCCACUUUGCUUGCCAGGCCACAUCGCAGUGAGCCACUUCAUUCCCCAACCAGUAAGCGGAACCAGGUUCAGUUCACCACCUUCACCACGCUGGACAUCAAGCACUUAUCUGCACUGAAGAAGAAUGGUGUGGACUUAAACUGGGCCAACCAGCAGACACAGCAACACCAGGCCCCUGCUGAGCCCCAGACACCUUUACCUGACAUGCCAUGGCCUGUGGUCAAAACUCUAGGAGAGCCCCAGUGAUUUCAUUGGGCUGUGUCUAUCUGUGUGUGUGCAUCAGUAAGAGAGAGAGAGAGAACAAAAAAGUGUACAUACAGAGGAUGUUCUGGUGUUGAAUGUCUAAAAGAAAAUAAUCUGGCUUUUUGAUAAAAGAUGAAUCACUUAAGGAGAUGUAUUUAUUGAGAUUAGAUCAAAAGGAUAUUUUAUAUUAAUAAAGUGUGUGAAAGCCUGUAAAUACAUUAUAUAAUGGUGUACCCAUGAAGGGCAGCAUAAGAGAUACUGUGUUAAUUUUUUAAAGAUCCAAAGCGAUUAGCAUGAUUUUAUCCUCUGUCUUGUAUUUGAAAAAGAUGUGCUCUCCAGAUCAGAUGUUGUAAAUAUACAUAUAUCUAUUCUAUUACUUAUUUCUACAUUUUGAACUCAAAACAAAUAAAUUUUCAUCUCUUUUUGCUUUUGUACAAUUCUGUUGCCCCCGUGGAAACCGCUCCAGAUAUUGUUAGCUGACAGUGUAAAUGCAGUACGGGAAGGAUUAUUUGUUGUAAGUAAAUCUAUUCUUUUCCAGCCUUUUGUACUUGAUUUCUAGGAUUCCUCCAGAGAAUACCUGAAGAGUCUGUGCAAUUUGUCAGAGAAUAUGCAACAUUUAUCAAGUUAUUUUGAGCAAUCUGUCACUGUAGUUUUCAGCGGAUAUUUAUUCAAAUCAAAUGCAUGCUAUGCAAAUAUAGUCUGUGCAGAGUUUGAAGUGGACAUUGUUUCUGAAUUUUUUAGCAAAGUUACCUUGGGCUUAAGGCUUCUCUUGGGGACCUGGUUCUACUAUGUGUAAAAAUGUCUAAUCUCAGUCUCUUCACACAGAGGAAUACAUAUUCAACUCUAAGAUUUUUCAUGUGUGAAUGAAAAAUGAUGAUGCCUUUUUCUAUGUAGCGUCCUCAUAUUUAUAAACCAAAAUGUGAUGUGUAUUUCCUGUGAGAUCCUGUCAAUAAAGAAUAAAUGGAUACAUUU